AUGGGAAAAGAGUUGUGGGGUCAUAUUGGUGGGAGUGAUCCAACACCUACCGAUCUUACGACGUUGGUUCAAUGGAAUGUGAAAGAUGCUCGCGUGAUGACUUGGAUUCUUGGGUCUAUUGAUCCACUGCUUAUACUCAAUUUAAGGCCGCACAAGAUGACUAAAUCAAUGUGGGAGUACUUGAAAAAGGUCUAUCAUCACAAUCAUUCCACCCAACGAUUUCAGUUGGAAAAUGAUCUUGCUGCCUAUUCCCAAGGUACACUCUUUGUUCAGGAAUAUUUCUGUGAUUUUCAGAAUCUUUGGGCUGAGUUUUCCGACAUUGUGUAUGCCGACGUGUCGAUCGAGUCCCUCUCUGCUGUUCAAGUAGUCCAUAAAGUUUGCAAAAGAGACCAGUUUUUAAUGAAACUAAGGCCAGAAUUCGAGUCUAUUCGCUCUAACCUGAUGCACAGGGAUCCUUCACCAUCUCUUGACGUGUGUUUUGGAGCACUUCUUCGAGAGGAACAAUGUCUUCUUACUCAAUCUUCACUUCCGCAAGAGAAUGCUAUCGCAUACGCUGCUUAA